GACGAAUAUGGCGAACGUUGGAUGCGUUUCGAUACGUGAGGUGUAGCUCAUGGCUUGUACAUGAGACAAUGUUCAAAUAUUUAUUUCAUCAUCUGAACCAAUGUAAUUAAAUCCGAUGUCAUCGUAACCGUAUAAUGUUCAUGUGCGCCAAUAUUUGGAGGAGUAGCACUAAGGUAACGUCAGUUUGACAAGAUGGAGGAUCUACAGCUGACGGAACAGGAGCACGAACUUUAUGGAGAGACUUUUAAUUGUUUUCGCAAAGAUCCUGAUGUCGAUGAAAUACCUAUCGCAAAGGUCGCACAACUCGUGCGCACCACACAUGUACCUCGACGUAUUGCCAAAAAGGUGAUGGAGAUAUCUGGAGGAACCAGAGGGAGCAGUCACCUAAAUAGAAAGCAAUUUUAUUCGGUUCUAAAAUUGAUCGCAGCGUAUCAACAUGGCCUGGAAGUUACACCAGAGUUACUAUCGACGUCCUUGAAAUUGGACCUACCUUCCUUCUACUGGCCUUACGGUGCUGUCUUAGCAGCUGGUAAAAAUGAGGACGUUUUAUCGAGUACUAGUGAAAGCGAAAGUGAAGCUGAAUCUCCCAGGGAACAAGGCGGUAGCACAGAUUCUCCUACUCCAACUAAUAGCGUGACACAAGAACGAGGAGAACUUGUUGUUGGAAGUGAAGCAAUUAUUGAUACUUCUGUCAGUGGAUGGCAGGGGUUACUUGUCUCAGAAGAACAACGGCAACUUCUUGGAACUGAGGAGGAAAGCUCAGAAAGACAUAGUAGCGACGAGGGUGAUGCAGAUGGUGAUGGUGCUGGUUUUCCACCCAAGAGGGUGUGGAUCAUUAAUAAAGAGCAACGAGAAUAUUACAGCGCUCAAUUCGCCCAACUUCAGCCAGAUCCAGAGGGUUUAGUAGCUGGUUCUGUGGCUCGUACCUUCUUUGAAAAAUCGCGACUGCCGGUUGCAGAGUUGAGGCGUAUUUGGCAGCUAGCCGAUGUUACCAGAGAUGGAGCAUUGAGCCUUCAAGAAUUUUAUGCAGCUAUGCAUCUAGUUGUUUUACGAAGACACCAUGUUCCUCUACCAGACGUUUUACCAGCCUCACUUGCACCUCCAAUGCCUCCGCCAGCACCAGUUGCUCCUAAAGCACCUCAGUCUAGUCCACCUAGCAAUACUAAAGAAAAGAGUAAAGAAUGGACGAAAUUCGUCGACUCUCCUACUGGAACUAGCGGGUCCCUCGCAAGUCCAGGUCCAAAGUUAGUCAAUUUUGACUUUCAGAAAGCUGCAGUUGAGAGAGAUCCUAAAAUUUUACAUCCAGUCCCUCUGCGGCUAACACCUGAGGCUACGAUACUUGCAUCUGGUGGUGGAAGCAGUAACAGCAAUGGAAGCACCCUGGGUGAUGAUGAUAGUCAAACAUCAUCCGCUACACUUGUACAGAGACCUCAAGCUAAGAAGCCUGUCACAGCACCUGAAGAAACUAUCAUAAGUACUCCCAAAAAAGAACCCCCUCCUCCACCACCGCCAAGACCCUAUCGAACACAUGCAAGGAGUUCUAGUCUUGACCUCAACAAGCUAGGAAAAAAUGGUCAAACAUUUCUGGGAGCGCCGCCACUUGUGCCGCCAAGAGUAUCACCUGGCAUUACUUCACCAAAAAAACUUGUGGGUCAGAGAAGCGAAGGUGAUAGCCAGAGAAGUGAUAGUCAAAAAAAAGGAUUUCUCGCGGAUUUUUCCCAUUUUUCAUCAAGGCGUGACAGUAAUCAUAACAAGGAUAGUAAUUCCCAAGCUCAACAAUUUGCGGGAAUCUGCGGGGCAUUUCAGAUAUAUCGAAAGCCAAGUCCAAAGCGAGAAGGUGCUGAAGAAGAUGAGUCAAGGGAGGAUGGGAGCGAGGAAACGAGGCUGACACUUCAAGAAUUACGAGACAAAAAUGCAGAACUCAAGCUUGUUUGCGAAGAAUUGACUGUUGAAUUAGCUGCGGCGCUUCAAGAAAAGAUUAAUCUGCGUGCAAAAUUGUUACAGACCUGAUCUUUUCGUUGCUUUAUUCCUACGUGUUGUGAUUCAUUGCUGAUUCUGGCACGUCGUAAUUAUCUCCUGUUGCUGCAAUUAUUUUUACCCUGCCUGUAUGUAUUUAAUGUAUCACGCCAUACGAAUCAUUAUCAUUUAUAUUUGUUACUUUACUUGUAAAGAAUUAUAUUUUACCAAAUAUUGAAUGAUUAUUUUAGUAAUUUCGAUCAUUGGUCUCCCAGUGAAGCGUUUAUUGUGUAUAAUUGAAAAUACGUGAAUAUAGCCAUGGUGUUCUAAUAUUUAUGAUGAAUUUAAUAUCCGCUAUGUCAAGUCAUUAUAAAAAUAUGUGUGAUUUAUUGUGAAAAUUUGUUAUUCUUUAAUCGUGUAAAGUAGUUUAUAAAACUAAUAUCUGAAAUUUGUUUGUACAAAUUCACUUUGCAGAGUACUAACUUUGAUAGCAUACAACAAUCAUGCAAGUUAAGGAAUGAGUUUGUAAAACUUAAGAGUUCUAUAUUUGAAAAAACAAGGUGGCUAAAAAAUCAAACAUAGCGACAUGUGUAAUAAUCUCAUAUGCUUUAUUUUUUUGUUCUACUGCUAUAACACGAUCUGAUUAAUGGUUCCGAUCCUUCAAAGCUAUGCAUGAAAGUCGUACGUAUAAAUUCAAUCUUCAUUUUAUUAAAUUGUACAUAUAAUAAUUAUGUUGCGUUUUGUGAGUAUCUAGUUCCAAGAAAAAGUAGUUGGGAAUUAUUUCAGGUUCUACGAUAACUUACAGGCACUUGAGCCUCUCGAAUUCCGAUUUUCGACCUGUUUAAAUUUGGACAUCAUGUUUGGAAAAUCAUAGUUUAUAGCGCAUAACGGUAAUUGACAAUGGUACCUGACGUUUCGAAAUUAAUUAGUUUUAUGACAGAAAGCCCAGUCUUGAAUGUAUUUAAUUAGCUUGUUUUAGUAUGCUCAUAAAAGAGACAUCUGAUUGGAAGUGUUUAUAACUUGACUUGCUCCAAUUUAUAUUAGAAAAUUUUUCAACAUCAUUAAAUUAUCGUUAUCGAAUAAGAGUUCGUGCCAUAGAGAGCGAUAUUUUAUUGACAUUGUUAUUAUUGGCGGCUAAACGACUGUUUCCUUACCCUGUUACAGAUAUAAAAGCAAUGGUCUUGUGUACACUAGCAAAAAAUGCUAAAUAGCAUAUCGUAUAUAUUCAGAGAUAGCAAUUAUGAUAUAAUCCGUCGAUAUUAGCCACGAAGAUGCAUUUUUGUAAUUGUAUAAACUAAACACGUUGUGUGAAAAAUAUGAAAUUUAUUCCCAGUA